UCUGUAAAUCUUUAUCCACUCACUUCUAACUCACACACAGUGGAAAAUCAAGCUGAGUUGGUAUCCGCGUGCAGUGGAUGGAUUUGGGGUAAUUAAAUGGGAGCAAGGGGGCAGGAUGGCGUCUGCGUGCUGCCCUCACUGGCCGUGUCCGUGUGAUCAGCUCCUCAAGUCGGCACAUUUCGGAGAGGAAACGAGGCACGAGCAGGAGGAACACACCGACUCCAUUUCUCUGCCGACAAACAUGGACAUAGCGCUUUUACAAGAGCAGUACAACUCCAUCAGGGAGAAGCAGAAACGUGAAACCAGGGUGAUUUGUUUUGCGAAAGCACCAUCCACCAAUGAGGAGAUCUCUGGCAAAUCCCUGGUCAACGUGGUUCCCUUGCGACAGGCCCGACACACCCUUAUGAGGCAGGCAUCUGUCCAAGAACCUCAGUUUGACUUUGUCACAGAUCCAGACAAUGCCACGUGGCGCACACACCUGGGAAUGUACCGUAAGACCUGCUUGAUUCCUGACACCAGUCAGUCUCAACCCUGUGACCACAAGACUAGCACUGGAGACUCAACAUCAACUUCUACUGAUAACACAAUGCACAGUGUGGAGGUCACAGAUUCAAGCGAUCAGUUAUCUGAGGACUGUGAAGGUUACGCCAAUCGACAUCAUCUCAGCAACAAACUGCAGGAGGAUUGUGGAUCUGAGGGUUUCAGAAAGUUCUCUGCACCUGCAGUGUUGUCCAGACAGUUGAGCUGUGGGAGCUCCCGGUCCACUCAUACUCCCAUGAGUCCAUACUACCCCUUCCCCCAGCUCAAAUGUCCCAGGAAGUCUGAGGCGGCACGCAGGCUUGGGCUUUACUCUUCAUUCUGACGACAAGAUUUAAAUGCGAAAAAAACAAAUGACCAAGGGCUGUGCAAUAUUGCUUUCAUACUUACACCAGAAAUACAUUAAUUUACAAUAACAAUUUUCCUGCAGCAUUAAAGCGGUCAGUGUUUACUUGCAUUUAAGAAAAUGGCUGAAAGUAUCGAAUCAUGUAAGUGUGUUAAUUCCAGGUUUCAUGUGUGUUUUUUUUUUUUUUUUUUUUUUUUUUUUUUUUUUUUUUUUACUAUUCUGCAAAACAGUAGUGGUCUGAUUAAAAAAAAUUAAACAAUAUAAAGCAUUUGUCCUGUUUCUAUUAUACACAUUCAUAUAAGCUGAAAACCUGAUUCAAGUCAUUCAAUUUACAUUGAUGCUAGAGAAAGUAUAGCAUUCUAAAAGGCUGCUUUGUCAGUGAACUGUGUGUUUGUGUGUGUGAUUUACUUUUCUUAGUUAUCUCAUCUUUCAAUCAUCAAGUAACUGCACACUUGGUCAAUAUUUUCAUGCUUUAGUUUCUUAAUUAAACCAAAUGUGGAAUUGUGGACAGAGCCACCAAGAAGAGCAUGGAAUAAUUCAUACUUUUGUAGUCAAAAUAUUGGCAACAUCUUCACCUCUUGAUGGGCCUUCUUUUGAGUUGAAUUUCUUGUAUGCUUGCGCAGCACAUUAUUUUUGCUAUACUAUAAAUUAACAUCUUUCGUGCAUGAGGGGGUCUGCUUUUCUUCCAGCAAGCCUGAGACAUCCUUUAUAACUGUACACAUGCUGUGAAAAUGAAAAUGUUUUGCAUUUUGUUUGCUCUUUUUUUUUAACUCAAGGCAGUUAAUAUUAACCAGCUGGAGCGAGGAUUUCACAGAGCUGGUUUAAACGAGGUGCCUUGCUCAAGGUCACAAUGUCAGCAGGACUGAAUAUUGGUUACACUGUGUUCAAGUUAUAGCCAAUAAAAUUAAUGAAAUACAGUUGCAGUAGUGUCCUGUGUAUAUCCACAGAUCUGCAAGUAUAAUUAUUUACAAUUUAAAUCAGAUGGUUCCUACACAUUUGAGUUUUAUGGUUUUCCUUCCAGGCAAGUAAUCAAAUAUUUAUCAACACUUCAAGUUGAAGCCUUUAAUGCUGGGAAUAAACUGCGGUAUUGUGACAUAUGACAGAAUUUGGACAUAAAUUAGUUUAAAUUGUGGCUGUCCUAAAUAUUAACUUCUGCAUAGACAAAGAUCGUACUGUAGAACAUUGUGAUUAUUCAGAACAUUAAAAGAUGCAAAUAUCAAACAUUACUGUGGAAAUCAUUGUUCAAUCAUUGUUUAGGUAAUUUCAUAUGUGUACUGAACUCUGAUAUAGAUUUGAUGGAAUGCGACCUCAAUCUGAACAGCCUGCUCAGAAUUCAUGUGAAUUAUAUCAACCCAACAGGUGCAUAGGUGCAAGCAGUUUUGUAAACAUUAAACUCUGAUUAAGUCUAGUCUUGUAGACAUUUGAAUGACCUCUAGAUCAUAUGAAAACAUGUUAACACACAUACACCAUAUAUACACCAUCUGAAAGAACAGUUUGCAUUGUAUUUAUAAAUAUGUACAUGUAUGGAUGUAAUUUCAGGUACAAACGUUAUAUCAGUUGUGUGAUCAUAAAGAUCAAUUACGUGUAAUGAUUGUGUUUAAACAGGGCCCACAGUGGCUAGCACAUUUGCCUCAUGCCUCCAGGAUUGCGGGUUCAAUUCCCGCUGCUGCCUUGUGUGUGCAGAGUUUGUAUGUUCUCCCCGUGCUGUGGGGGUUUCCUCUGGGUCCUCGAGUUUCCUCCCCCAGUCCAAAAACAUGCAUGGUAGGCUGAUUGGCAUGUCCAAAUUGUCUGUAGUGUAUGAAUGGGUGUGUGAGUGUGUAUAUGAUUGUGCCCGGCGAUGGACUGGCACCCUGACCAGGGUGUACCCUGCCUUGUGCCCGAUACUGCCUGGGAUAGGCCCCAGGUUCCCCGUGACCCUGAAAAGGAGUAAGCAGUAGAAGAUGGAUGUAUGAAUGGGUGUGUGAAUGUGUAUGUGCCUUGCAAUGGAUUGGCACCCUGUCCAGGGUGAACCCCCGCCUUAUGCCCUAUGCUCCCUGGGAUAGGCUCCAGGUUUCCCCUGACCCUAAAGGAUAAGCGGUAUAGAAGAUGGAUGGCGUUUAAACAACAAAAAAAGAUGACCGGCAUGCAUUUUACUAAACCAUUGUGCGAUCGUGCUCCACA